AUGAAGAAGAUGAGAAGAAACACUUUUCCAAUCGAGCUCUCUGGAGCAUUAAAAUCUCUGCGUACCGCGAAGCAUCAUCGUCGUCUUUGCAGUGGCGCUUUUAACGCUGCUUCACAAACUAUUGCUCAGCUUAAAAAGAGACGUGUGAAAUAUUUAUAUUUCGCGUUGGGAAUUUACUAG